AUGUCAGCGACUUCUAAAGCUAGAUUCCAACAAAAUCGCCGUCACAGUUCUUCAACGUCAUCAGCCACGCCACCAUCUGUUCAUAGCCAAUUCGGCUCAAUGUUCCAUUCUUGUCAAGAAUCUGCUUCAUUAUAUAAUGAAUUUGUUCGACGUAAUAUUGACUGUUUUGAGCAAAAGAGACGAGCAGAAUAUGUUCGUUGUCAUCAUAUGGCAGCACAACAACAUUUGUCUUCACCUCCAAUUGGUAGCCUUCCACGGCAAAAUAUUCCAAGCAAAGUUCGUCUUACAAUGGAAGUCCAAAACAGCGAUUUUUGUAGUUUACAUAAUGGACGGGAAGCUUGGGCAGUUAAUGAUUCGUUAUCUGAUAUUAUUAAAGAUACUGAUUGUAUGCUACAAUUUGCAAAUCAACAAGAUGAAUCUUCCGAAGAAGUUGGGUUAUUCAAUCAGGUAACAAUUAUUGGGGAAUUGUCCAAUGUCGACCUUGCAAUGAAUCGAAUUCGGGCUCUCUGUCCAAUAACGAUCGCUACACCUCUGAAGAACUUAAAAGAUGACAUUGAAUGUAAGGAUUUGGCUGAAUUAAUCCGUCAAUGGCAAAAAUGUGAUGACCUUCGAGAGUUCUCGCGUGUCCAAUUUUCACUUCUUUAUCCACCAAAUCCUUUUUCUUCUAUGAAUAAUACAGAUAUGAACAAUCCUUCACUUGUAUUUCGUGCAUCACGAAAAGAUUCCAAAAUGUUGGCGGCUGCAUGCGAGGCAAUGACUAAACUUCUUUUUAAGGAGCGUCCUUUGUUUUUUGCCUAUUUAAAAAUUCCUGUCUCGCAACGUCGUAUGAUGGUUGGCUCGCCUGAGGGAGUUUUAAUUAGUGCCAUUUCUACCCAAACAAAUGCUACAAUUCACUUUCCAUCGUCAGAGAAAUCAACUUUUAUGAAUUAUUAUUUGAGUGGAACAGCUAUUUCUGUUGUACAUGCUGUGAGGGCUAUUCAGGAUAUAAGUCCAGUUCAUAUUGAAUUUGAAGCAGAAAAUAAUCAUUUAGUUAGUGCACUUUUACAAACAAGUGAAGACCAUCGAGAAUUAGACCAAUUUGAUAUUGAACGUGCAGUUAUUAUUCAACUACGAAAAAGUGUAUAUGAGGGAGGAUUUCGACUUGAAUUGGAAGAAAUGAGACAUUCACUAACUUUAAUGACUUCUGAAGAAAAUAUUCAAAAUUUGUAUAAAGUCCGGCAACAAUUAUUGAUUGAGCCUUGCUGGAAACAUGAUCGACUUCAAAAGAAUAGCAAAUCUGGACCAAAAUAUUUGGAAUAUUUGAAGGUACUUGUGAUGGAAUCCUCUGUGCGUGCAUAUAUUGGACAAGGCAAUAAAGUAAUUUCUGUUUGUCGUUGCCGUAAUCAGCGGCUCUUGCAACAGCAAGCACAACAAAAACAGGAUAUAAUCAUAAACAAUGGUGGGGGCAUUGCUGACAAAAAUAACAAUAAUGGAGGUGGGAAAAUGAAACGGCAGCACGAUACUGUAGACGAAUUAAUGCCGUUGCCUUGA